UAGAGGGAAAAUCGAAAUGUGUUCAAAACCAAAAGCCUCCAAGGCUCCAACUCUCUCUUCUCCCUCUCCACUUUUUGCUUUUGCUUCUCUCUCUCUCUCUUCAUCUGCGGUCCGUCCUCGCGGUUCCACCUCGAUCAAUCUCUCGAGCGCGUCGAAGCCGGAUCGCAGCUCGGUCCCUCGAUCGAAUCGGGCUAGGGCUCGCCGCCGAUCGUCAUCUUCCCGGAAAUGAGGUGAUUCUGGCGAAGAUGCUUGCAGCGCGAUUCGUUGGAGGCGCGGUCGAGACCGUGGGAGCGACCGGGGCGAGCAUGGCAACGGUGGCGGGGCCGGGCUCGUUUCCUCCGAAUAAGUUCCAUCCCGGAGGCGGCGGCGGCGGCGGCGGAGGGGGAGCUUCGAAGAUUGGCGCGAAGCUGAGAAGAAAGACUCCGUCGGAGCUGAGAAAAUCAGAAGUGUUUAAACUACCAAGAUACAUUGAUACGCGAGUUAAUGAAGUAUAUCCUGCCAAAAAGUCAAGGUUUAAAAUGUCAUCGCCGAAGGAGAAUGUGCAGGAAACCAGUACAGUGGAGCAGAGUCAUGCUAUGAAGAAUCUUGCUGUGCUUUCGAACAUGGCUACAAGAAGCAAACAGCAUCUUCAAUGUUCCGAGGAUUCUAUUUUCUCUUCUAAAGUUGCUGAAAAUCAUGGAGUACAAACUCAGUCAACACUUGAGAGGUGUUACCAGAGUAGAUUCCGUACAGUUGCCGAGAUAUCGUCUAGUUCCGAAAAACUAUCUAGCUUGGCUAAUAUCGAUAUGGAUAAAGCUCUAAAAGGAUUGGCUGCUCGAGAACCAUCUUCUCAUUUAUUUGAUGGUUGUUCUGAAAAUUUUACUUCUACCUCGACUUACUCGGGCUGCUCUCAAUACAACAUAGUUGGCCAAAAGGCUCCUCUGGAUUUCACUUUGAAGACCGUCAUGCGGAUUGCAGCAUCUUCUUCAGAUUUACAGGUUAAUUACAAAUGGUAGUUACAA